AUGUUGAAACACCCAUCUCCAACCUCAUCGUCUCUAGAAAACAAACGGAGUCCCCUCCCCAACUCCAAAAGCUCAAUAAAAACCAACCGCAAAAACCCCCCAACCUCCCCACAACUCACAUCAACCCCAACCCCCAAACCCAAACCAAACAACCAAACAACCACUGAACCCCCAGCCCCUCCAUUCCGCAGCGUCUCCGCCUGCAACAGAUGUCGCCUCCGCAAACACCGCUGCGACCAACGCCUCCCUCGCUGUGAGUCAUGCGAAAAAGCUCAAGUCCGCUGCGUGGGCUACGACCCCCUCACCAAACAAGAGGUACCACGCAGCUACGUAGCCUUCCUCGAAAGUCGCGUCAACUAUCUCCACCAAGUCCUCAUCGACCACGGCAUCGGGUUCAAGCCCGCAAUCGCCUAUGAUGAGGAAGAAGCGUUGAAAAUGGAAGCUGGACAGUCGCCGAGGUUUGAAUCUCGUGGGCUGAGAGAUGCAAGAGAAUUACCCGAGCAGAUGCAAACGCAAUCGCAAUCGCAGAUGGGCACGGGGAUGGGGAUGGGCGCACGGAUGUCCCGUAAGAGGAAAUUGACCCAGUAUACCGAAGACGCAAUCCCCACCAGACAGGUCAAGCGCUUGGCGCAGUUAAAUGUCCUUCUUACGGAGUUGUUGACGGAUGGAUGUCAGCAUCGGGAAUGUUCCCGUGACCCAGCCAGGGGAUAUAUGCGUGCUGCUCGUAGACAUCGCGUGCAGGAGGAUUCGCUUGAACAGAGAUUGCCGUGGUCGCCACGGAGCUUUGAUUCGAUUGAUCAUAGUGAUAGUCGCACGACGAGAUCUGUGUCGCCGGUGUCAUUGCAUGAGCCAUAUCAAUAUCCUAGGACGGCUGCUGGGCGCGGUUCGUCACUGCUCAGUGCGGAAACUGUGUUGGAAUCAGAUCAUGGGCGUGAAGUACAUGACACAAAGAGACAGCCUGAGAUUGAGAUUGAUUUGGGAGAUUUCGAGUCUGAGAUACCUAAUAUCGACCCUGUGGUUGGGGGUGGUGAAAAGAGAAAGACCCAUGUUCGACGUUUGGAUGUUUCGAGUCGUGUUUCGUCACCAGAGAGGGAGGGUUGUUCUAGUCCUGAGCCUAAGUUUGAUAUUGCUGCUGAUCUUCUGCGGGGACGGAGGGAGAGGGAAAGGGCUAAUUAUGAUUUGUUGGAUGAGUUCCUUGUCGACUGGGCUGAGUGA